AAACCUAUUUACGAGCUACUUAAUAGGGACGUGAAAACAGACAAACAUAGGGAAAAUUACCUCGGUCACUCGCUUUUUGCUCCUGUGGGCAGAUGGCAACAGGGUAAGGACCUUACUUGGUACUCCAAAGAAGGCAAGCAAAAUCAGGCUCGCCUUGACGAAAUUAAAGCGAUUAAAGAAGCAGAGGCCGAUGUAAUGGCCGAAUUCUUAGGAGCUGGUAAAAAGAAGGUGGUUACAGGAAAUGUCACUCAUCAAGAACUUAGUAAUGUGUUGAAGAGAGAACAAGAUUAUGAUGAAGAGGAUAACGAGGUUCUCAAGGAAGUUACUAAAGAUGCCACAAAGGGCUUAGAUGAGGAAUUGAGUGAUCUAUCGGAUAGAGGUCGAAAACGUUAUCGAGAUGGACAUUAUGAUAGGGUUAGCAAAAGGAUUAAACACAAUUCACGAUCUCCGCGAAUAAAGGCCAGGUCACGCUCACGUUCUCGUUCUCCACACCGAAGAGAUCAUUACUCACCUCGGCGUCAUGAUGCAAAACGUAUAUAUGAUCAUGAGCGUCCCAAGCAUCGUUAUGAAUCAGAUGAUAAGAAUAGAUAG